UAUGGAACACAUGAAACUCUUGAAGACAGGGGGCUGAAUUUUGCUGGGUACUGUGACUUUGACUGUGUUCAAUGGCUGAUAAUCACUCCUACUGACAUGAGAUACAAUGGGGCUCAAAUCACUGGGGUGGUCAAUCUUCCAGGGUGUUAUACUGCUACAAACACGACCCAUACAACUGUUCUCUCGAUUCAAGGUCUGCUGGAGGCUCCCACAGAUGUACACUAUACGGCCAGUAAAGACAGUGUCAUAAUGUCAUGGAGUCCUCCAUUCACCCUGGAAGGAGUCCCCAUACUCCACUACAGUGUCUAUAUCACCAGUCAGGGAGUCUCAGAACAGAGAAACACCACUGAAACACACAUCACUCUGGAGAGACCAUGUGCCAGCACCACCUACCAGAUCAGUGCAUGGAAUGAAGUGGGAGAGGGAAAUGCUACCAGAAAAGCGUUCUUGACCAUCUUU